AUGCUCUCUCAAACCAGACUCUUCUUUCUCGUCGCCCCCGUCCUUCCCUAUCUCGCCUACGCAGGAAAUGACAACGUCAUUGAAAAUGAUAGCGCCAACAAAACAGGAGCCAUAACAUCCGCUUUCACUGACCCCCUAUCAAAUAUAACAUUCCAACGUUUCUUCGGCAAAAAAUCCACAUUCGCAUUCGGCAUCGCCCUCCCCACCAAUACGAAAACCGACUUCAUCGGCCAAAUGACAUUUCCCACACCCUCUGGAGACGGAUGGGGCGGCAUAGCUCUCGCGGGCGAUAUGGUUGGUCCUCUCCUGCUCGCUGCAUGGCCGGAUGGUGAGCAGGUCGUUAGUACGUUCCGUCAGGCUUCGAGCAAGUCUGAUAGUCCGCCUGUUCUUGGCGGGCCUUUUCAGAUCAAAGAGAUCAAGGAGGGUACGAAAAUCAAUAGUACUCAUAUGCAGUUUACAUUCUUGUGUCAGGGAUGUCUGGGUUUGAACGGGACGUUGGGGUUUGAGGCUCCCGACGCCGGUGGGAAUGUGAAGAUGGGGUGGGCGCUUGCUAGUAAGAGUGUGACGACUAAGGGGGACUCGGCUAGUGAGAUGCCUUUUCAUGAUAGUGGUAUGCCUCCUUUCUUCUUGAUGCUGGGUUUUGUGAAGGAUGACCAAGGGAUUCUGCGCUAAUUGUUGGCGAAUAGGUUUUGGUUUAUUCACUGCCCAACUCUCGCUAGCUAAAUCGCCUGACUUUGCGAAAUGGGCGGCGCUCGCUACUGGAGGUGGAAGUGCGGCUCCAGUUGUACCUCCUCCGGCUGGAUCCGCCACUCCUGCUUUUAAGAAACCUGUUCCCGUCGCUAGCCCUACGACGGCUACACGCCCGAAGAAAGGGGACAAGUAUGGAAGAUUGUGA